AUUUCACCUUUCCCUUUUCUUCCCCAACGCGUUUGGUUCCUACGAUCACCCCCCAAGAUUUCCCCACCAUCAGCUAUUCCGGCCGUAUCCUCCUCCAUCAUCGCCGCUUCUACUCCGACUAAACCAGUAUCACAUCUGUCAUCGGCGUCCCUUCUGAACUCUUUCUCUGCCCUCAUUUCAGGCAACGGAUCCGAUUGAACAUCACCACUGCACCACCCACGACGGUUUGGUCUGGUCUUCGUGAUGCCACUGCACCACUCUCUCUUCUCUUUCUUUCUGAACCCGCCUGUUCACUUUCUGAGCUCCCGAUUGGACCAACAAACGGUGCUGAUCAGGGUGUCCAUGGAUGGCCACAUGAAGUUCCGGACCAAAGCCUUGAAGAUUGCAGUUAGCGUUAAAGGGGUGGAAUCAGCAUCUUUAAAAGGGGAUGAAAAGGACCAAAUAGAAGUAAAAGGGGAUAUGAUUGAUACAGUGGAACUUACAUCGUUACUCAGGAAGAAAGUGGGACCUGCACACAUAAUUACUGUGGAGGCACAGAAGAAAGAAGAACCGAAAGUGCUGGAGUGCAUUGCGUGGCCUUAUGGUGGUGGUGAGAGCUCCAACCCUUGCUCCAUCAUGUAACGUCUGUUCGUUUAUCAGUAGAUCUAGACAGCAGUUGAGUAAUUUCAACAUGAGUUUUUGUUUUUCUCUUUUCAAAUGCGUACCCAGGGUGAGCAUGCAGAUCUGGAAUUGAAUCAUCGC